CACGGUGGUUCGCACUUGGGAAAAAGGAAAACUCCCUCUUUCACCAUGAAAAAGACACAAGAAAGUAACCCUAAUCUGAUUGAAGAGAUACAGUGAUGAAUGCAAGAGGUUCCUUUAGAUACAAAGAGCAGAGAGGAAGGAAUUUUUCACAUCUUAUACUUCUAGUGAUUUUGGGGUAUUGAAGAUGGGUGAUGAUGGCCAAAUUAAGGUGAUUGAUAUGGGAACAGUUUGCUUGCAAACCAACAAUGGCACAAAGUUGGCCCUUAAGGAUGUCAAGCAUGCACUUGAUAUCCGACUCAAUUUAAUUUCUGGGGAAAAGCUGGAUGAUGCUGGUUAUUGCAGUUUUUUUAGUGAUGGGCAGUGGAAACUCACUAAAGGUUCCCUUGUUGUAGCUCGAGGCUCCAAGUCUUCCAACUUGUAUUUGAUGCAGAGUUCCAUUGCUGAUGACUCUAUUAAUGUAGAAGCAAAGUUGGAACAAUGUGUUCAUUGCUUGGCUGGGAGACAAAAAAGAGUUUCUUUCAAAAACCAUCCUCCUUUAAGAAAGCCAGAUUUGCUAGAGCUUGUGCAUUUUGAUGUGUGUGGACCUUUGAAGACCAAAGAUCAGGUUCUUGAUGUAUUUAAGCAAUUUCAAGCCUUGGUUGAAAGACAAAUAGGCAAGAAAUUGAAGUGCAUUCGUACAGACAAUGGUGGUGAAUAUUCUGAACUGUUUGAUAACUAUUGCAAGGAGCAAGGUAUUAGGCAUCAAAAAACUCCUCCCAAGACUCCUCAGUUGAAUGGCUUAGCCGAAAGGAUGAACAAAACUUUGAUGGAGAGAGUUAGAUGUUUGCUUGCUAAAGCUAAAUUGCCUAGAACUUUUUGGGUAGAAGCUCUUAAUACAGUGGCGCAUGUUACUAAUUUGUCUCCCACUAUUGCUUUGGAUAAUGAUGUUCCUGAUAGAGUUUGGUGUGGUAAGGAUGUUUCUUAUGAUCACUUGCGGGUUUUUGGAUGUAAAGCAUUUGUGCAUGUCUCCAAGGACGAGAGGUCAAAGUUGGAUGCUAAAACCAGGCAGUGUAUCUUCAUUGGUUAUGGUCAAGAUGAAUUUUGCUACCGAUUGCCAGCUGUUGAGACUAUGGUGCCAAAUGCAGUUGAAAAUCAUUUUCAAAAUGAUAAAGUCCAAGAUGACAUCCAUGAUGGUCAUGUAGAUGCAAAUGAUCUUGCUGCUCCUUUAAAUGAAGUAGUAAAUGAUCAACAGGAUGUUCCUGUAGAGGUCCCAGUAGAUCCACUCAGAAGAUCUAGCAAGGAAAGGAGACCCUCAUUUCGUUAUCCUUCUAGUGAGUAUGUACUUUUCACUGACGGGGGAGAACCUGAAAGUUAUCAAGAAGCCAUGGAAAGGGAGCAGAAAAUGGAGUGGCUUGAAGCCAUGAAAGAUGAGAUGAAAUCUUUGCUUGAUAAUCAUACCUUUGAUUUGGUUAAGUUGCCAAAAGACAGGAAAGCUUUGAAGAAUCGGUGGGUUUAUAGGGUGAAACAUGAAGAUGGCACCUUGGUUCCACGAUACAAAGCUAGACUUGUUGUUAAGGGCUUUAGUCAAAGAAAGGGUGUUGAUUUUAGUGAGAUCUUUUCUCCGAUUGUUAGAAUGUCUUCAAUCAGAGUUGUGUUUGGUUUACCAACACGUGUUGAUUUGGAGGUUGAACAAAUGGAUGUGAAGACUACUUUUCUCCAUGGUGAUUUAGAUGAGGAGAUUUAUAUGGAGCAACCAGAAAGUUUUAAAGUCAAAGGCAAGGAGGAAUUUGUGUGCAGAUUGAAAAAGAGGAUCAAGAAGUUGAGGCAAGAAUUGAACAAGUCUUUUGCUAUGAAAGACUUAGGACCAGCAAAACAAAUUCUUGGCAUGAUGAUCAAUUGUGAUAGGGCAUUCAGGAAGUUGUGGUUAUCACAAGAUAAGUACAUCGCAAGAGUACUUCAAAGGUUUGAAAUGGACAACGCUAAGGUGGUUAGUACUCUUUUAGCUAUGCACUUCAAAUUGGGCAAGAAUUAGUGUCCUUCUAAUAAUGAUGAGAACGAAGAUGUGCAGAGGGUUCUUUAUGCAUUUGCAGUGGGUAGUUUAAUGUAUGCAAUGGUUUGUACAAGACCAGAUAUUGCUCAUGCAGUGGGUUUAGUUAGCUGUUUUCUUUCAAAUCCAGGGAGAGAACAUUGGAAUGCAGUGAAGUGGAUUAUGAGAUAUCUUCGGAGCACUUCUAGUUUGAGUCUUUGUUUUGGAAUAAGAGAGCCUAUUCUUG